AUGACCCUGCCCCGCUUGGCUUCUUGGAACAUCAAGGGAUUCAAUAGCUCAUCCAAAGUCAUGUCCAGCCAGUCCCUUAUUAAAAAACAUAAUCUGGAUAUGUUGUUCAUCCUUGAAGCCAAAAUCACCGCCGCCUCCACGUCUGAUGUCUGGUUUAAUUCCUCUCACCUGGUCUUCCCUCGUGAAGAUUCUUAUAAUAACUUUGCUUUGUCUAGCCCUGGUCGUAUUUGGAUCAAAUGGAAUGCCCAAAAGCUAUCUUUUAAACUGUUGUUUACCUCCUCCCAACUCAUUCAUGGAAUGUUCCAAGUGGGUAGCUCUGAUGUUUGCUGUGUUUCGGUUGUGUAUGCCUCCAACUCUAUUAACGAGAGACAAAUUAUCUGGAAUCAAAUAUUUCAAAUUCCUGGCAAUAUUUCUGCUCCGUGGGCAAUUCUCGAGGGCUUUAAUUGUUGCAAAUUCGCCACAGAUAAGGCUGGUGGAUCUUCCUUGCAUCACAGUAAACUUGGUGAGCUUACUAGCCUCUGUCUCAACACUGAAGUUUUUGAUUUAGCUUAUGUGGGACACUUCUACACAUGGUUCAACCAGAGAAUUGAUAACCUGAUCCAUAUCAAGUUGGAUAGAGUUUUUGUUAACAACAUUUGGCUUAAUUUAUAUCCUGACUCCUACUACAUUGUGGGAGACCCGGAGAUUUCUGACCAUUGCCCCAUUAUUCUUCAAUAUGAGAGCAUUCCUAAGCACAAUCAUCGUUUACAAUAUAAGAAUUAUUGGCACAAGUUUUCGGCUUUUUGGGAUGAUGUUUUGAAUGUUUUCUCCCGUCCCACUUCCGCCAGCCCCAUUUAUGAUCUUUAUUACAAACUUAAAGAGCUCAAAAUUAGCAUCAAAAGCAUAAAUUGGAAUUCCUCCAAUGCCCUCCAAAAAGUAAUUCGGGAUCUUUUUUCCACCCAAGCUGGCAUACUAUCCAGUUUGCAAGACAAUCCUUUGGAUACUUCUCUCAAUAAUGCUUUAAAAUCCACAUCCUUUAAUCUCAUUGAUGCUCAUUCCCAUUGGUUUGAUUGGAUAUCCCAAAGAGGUAAAGCUAAGUGGCUGGCAUAUGGUGAAGAUGAUUUGAAGUUCCUCUACUCUAAAAUUAAGCACAUAAAUAACACUAGUCGUAUCAGGUGCAUUAAUGCCAAUGGCUAUAUCCUUACCUCUUCUUCUGAGAUUAGCUCUACUUUUAUUACCCACUUUACUAACCUGUUCAACAGCCACGAUCAAACCUCUACCGCUGACGCUCAUAUCCCUACCGGAAAUACCAUCCCUUAUGAUCUCCUGGUUGAUCUGGUUGCUCCUUUUACUACUGAGGAUAUUAAGCAAGUCAUUUUCACGGCUCCUCCCAAUGCUGCACGUGGCCCAAACGAUUAUAUUUUUGAAUUCUAUAAGGAUACUUGGAGCAUUACCGUGCCUCUAUUAUGCUCUGCUGUGACUUCUUUCUUUUCCAACUCAUUUAUUCCAAAACAAGCAAAACAUAUUUCUAUUGCUCUUAUACCUAAACAUACCCAUGCCUCCUCUGUAGCUGAUUACAGACCAAUCUCUUUAUGUAACUCCUUUUACAAGAUCAUUGCUAAGCUGUCAACCUCUGGAUUGAGACAGCGAUGCCCCCUUUCUCCUUAUCUUUUCUCUAUUGUCAUGGAUGGUCUUUCUUCUUGCUUUGAUGAAGCAGUUGCUAAAAGAAAACUGACGGGGAUCUCCUUGGGUAACAUCUCUAUGACUCAUCUUUUAAAUGCUGAUGAUCUUCUUGUUUUUGCUAAGGCGAAUAAUAGUAAUGCUAGAAGUCUUCACACCAUUCUUCAACGGUUUGCUAUAUUAUCUAGACUCAAUAUCAACCCUCACAAAAGUACCAUCCUCUUCUCCAACAAUUGUACUUUUGGUGAUGAAAUCAAUAACACUUUAAGCAUUCAGCAAACCCAAGGCUCUAUCAAUUACCUUGGGCUUCCUAUUUCCAUGAAGAAACUCAAACAAGCUGAUUUUGAGCCUCUAAUUAAGAAAAUCCCCACUGCCCUUGAAGGAUGGAAAGCAAAAAUUCUCUCUUUUGCUGGGAGAAUCCAAUAUCUUAGAUACACCAUUUUCAGCACUAUUGCUUACUGGAUAAGAGGGUCUAUUAUACCUAAGAAUUGCUGCAAGAUUAUCACUAAAAUAUGCUUGAGAUUUCUGUUUUCUAGAGAUAUUUCUGAAAAGAAACUUCAUAUAAUUGCUUGGAAAGAUACCUGUAUUCCCAAAACUAAAGGAGGUCUCGGCCUCCCCUCUAUGGAAUCUCUAUCUCAUGGGUUUAGCUAUUCCAUUAUUUGGAGAUUCCUUAAUGAGGAUAGUCUUCUGUUCAGUUGGUGGAGAAAUAGAUUUUUGACUGGGAGUCUUGGAUUACUUCGUUUUACUGCUGUUUCAUAUGGGGAUUCUCUUUGCAUGGGUGGCAAUUCUGUUGUUGAAACGAUUCUCAUGCCCCUGGAUGGCCUUCCCAGACAACCAGAGGUAUGUUUCUGUGCGAUGUUGAGCUGGACUGUUCCGUGCUAUCCCGAGAAUUUUAAGAAAGAUUUUGGCUGGACGAUGAUGAAUGCUGCAGCACUCGCCUAG